AUUUCGUCAACAUCUUAAAUAGGUGGGUCACUCCUAUCAUAGUUAUUAAUGUUUUAGGAAACACUUGAAUCAGUAGGAACAAGACAAUUAGAAAAGCAGCGUACAAUUGACGAAAACUGUAACAGUCAGAAUGAAACCAGGAGUGCUUGGGUUAAUUUUAUGCUUACUGCUAUUAAACGAAAAACCAGUAAAUGGGCAAUCGGGUGGGGAAUAUGUUAACUGUGCAUUCGAUGAUGAUGCAACGAACUGUGCGCUUGGCCAGAUUGAGACUGCUGGGACACUGGAAUUCACCAGACUUACAGGCCCAUCUCCCCAGUCCUCGAUGACAGGCCCCUCCAGUGAUGCAAGUGGUUCUGGAGGUUACAUGUGGGUCGAAAGCUCAGGCAUGGCCGGUGGCGAUUAUGGUGAGAUCAUCAUCCCAAAUCAGAGUGGCAUGAGGGCUUUAUCAGUGAAAUAUUCCAUGUAUGGAGCAGGCAUGGGUAAACUGGAAGUCAUACAACGCCUUAAUUACGAUACAACCCCAGAAGAUAUUGAGACAAUUCUGAUACAUGAAGGUGAAAAGCGGCGUGCAGCAGGUGCGGGUUGGGGAGAGCCAUUUGUGCAUAUCUUUCAACCUACCAGUGGUGAUGGUACUUACGCAAUGGUCAUACGGUUCACCAUAACUACAAAUGAUCCUGCUCUUAUCUGGUUGAAUGAUUUUGCUGCGGAUGAGAUUCUUGUUGGAGACCCAGUCCUAACUGGUGGAGCUCGAAGUGAUUUUGUUUUUGCUCUUGACGUGUCAGAUUCUGUAGGAGAACAAGGUUUUGUAGACAUGAAAAACCUGAUAAAGUCUUCAAUUACUGACAUUGCGAUUGGAAACGAAGCGAAUGCAUCAAGCGUCGCCGUUCUAACAUAUUCAGCUAAUGGCGCAAAUAUCGCAUUCGAUUUUGACGACUAUAGUACAAAGGAAGAUAUCACAGCCGCUGUUGAUGCACUCGAAUACAAUCCCGGUAAUGAAAUUAAUAGAGCUGGUGAUCUUUACGUUGGGUUAGAGGCAGUUAGGGAUCAACUCGGUGGAGGCGCUGGUGGCAAUAGGGCAGAUGCUCCCGAUGUUGUUUUCCUACUUCAAGACGGUGCUCCGAAAGGCCACAAGGGUGAAGAAGCAGCCAUGGCACAGUCCCUUAAGGACCAAGGCUGGGAUAUCCAUAUGGCGGGGAUUGGUGGCGAUGAUGCACAUAUGAGAGAAUUAGAAAUUCUGUCCAAACAAGUUGUUAGCGACCCUGACAAUAUCAUGAUAUAUGACAAUUCGAGUAAAUUAAGUGAGCUUUCAAGUACCGUAUCUCUGAUGGUUGAAAAUGAUAGAAACGAAUGCGGGCUCAGUCCCUGCAGAAAUGGUGGGACGUGUAAUGACUUGGUAGAUGGCUACAGAUGCAUUUGCCCAUCAACAAGAUAUGGCACUGUUUGCGAAUAUGACGCAAGUAGUGUAACUGGUGAGACUCUCGAUCUGACUUAUAUGUUGGACUUUUCAAGAUUUGAUGCUAUAAACAGUCACAUCACAAACUUUUUAAAACAACUCGAGUCCGUAAAAGCGGCCGCUGAACAAUACAAUGCCCAAGGAGCUGAUGUGAACUUUUCCAUAAUGAAGUAUGGUACGGCAAUUGGAACUGGAGCUGAAAUGGUCAUGGACUCCAUCCCUGUGUCGGAUAUGACAGCUUUCAACCUAAAACUAUCUGAAAUUAUAAACAGCUUGAACUCUUACCCUGGAAACAGUGCUGGUGCCACAAAUUUUGCUCCAGCACUGGAGCUGUUAGCUUCUCGGCCUGGUAGAGAUGGUGCAAAACAGACGGCAAUUCUGAUAGCGGAUAGUCCUCCAAGAGAUUUGGAUGCUGCCCUUGAUAAAAUGGUCGACGUCGAGGGACAAGGAAUUAAACUAAUAACAGUUGGGGUUGGCUCCAGUUUUGAGGAAAACAGCGAAAAUGCAAAUAAUCUGAAGAAAUUUGCACAGAAUAAUGCGAUGGCGAAUGCAAACUACAAGCACAUGAAUAGCUAUACUUCUUCCAGCAUGACCUCUGAUUUCACAAACUUUGUUCUUUCCCGAUCAGUUGUCAGCAACACCUACUGUGAUACGAAUCCCUGCCAAAACGGAGCAACCUGCAGUCCACUAUCUGACUUUUACGAAUGUUCCUGUACUGAAGGUUAUGGAGGUGUCAACUGCGACAAUCUUUGUCAGAAACGGUAUGACAUCGUGUUUGCACUUGAUGAAUCUGGCAGUGUCGAAAACAAAUAUGGCGGUGGAUUUGCGCUUGAACAGAUGUUCAUGACCAACGUAGUGUCCAAGCUUCCGUUCUUUCCUGGUACAUACUACACCCAGGUUGGACUCGUGAAACACGGAGGACUCACAAAGGUUACGACUGUCUUUGAUUUGGCGAGGUACCAGACUUCAGUCGUAGAUGCAUCAGCGGGGGGCAGUAUAAGGAGAGCAGUGAAUGCACAUGUUAUGCGAACAUCAGACUCCAAAGCGCGACAACGCAGUUUUCUUUCUCCAACACUAGACACAAUUAACACAAUAUUCCAGAACGGUGGACGAGCAGAUGCAACACCAGUAGCUGUUCUUAUUAUGGACGAUCCGGAUUUUGAAAGUGGGGUUAAUAUAACAGUCGAAGCUGAAAAAUUGAAAUCGAACGGAAUAACAAUCUACACUAUUGGUAUUGGUCCAAGCUAUGCCAGCGUCACAGAAGAGUACGAGAAAGAACUUGGAGAGAUCGCAAGUUCUCCGGACCACAUCAUUCAAGUAACAGAUAUGAGCGAACUUCCUGAUAUUGCUGAACAGCUUCUGUCCAAAAUCUGUCUAGAUCAGAGUACAACAGUUGCUCCUUAACCCCAAAAGUAGUUUACUUUGUGUUUUGAAUGAGUAUCAUGACUCAUAUAGAAAUAUAUACAAAAUCUAUUUAUUUACAAGAAGUAAGAAAUAACAAUAUGGAUUAUCUAUAGUUUUUAGAAAUCUAAUGAUGAUUUGUUACAAACUACCUCAAUAUCUGGCAAUAGUGACAAUAAACUGAUAUAAUACUUUUUUAUUUGUUGUUUUCAGUGGUUUAUAAUAAGAUCAAAC